CCUCGGGGCAGCUGCAGCUCGUCCCGCGCUGGGACCCCGCCGCCGUCGCCUGGGCCAAUCUCACCGACCGGAUCCAAGACACGGGUGACGCUUCAGUGCCCCUAACCAGGGGCUCAUCUCAACCACUUCUGCAGCAUCAGGCCUGUUGGCGCCACCUUCCCGCAGUCCAACGCCCAGGGCCUUUUGUUCCAGCCCAGUGGCCCCAUGCGCGUUUGAUUUCAUUUUCCAUUGCGGUUAUUGUGUUCCGCUUGUGGCAAGGCCCGUUGCAAAUCGCCGGCGUGAGGAGAAAUCCCCUCUUGCCGUUAAAGGGGGAGUAAUGCGGCGUGUGCAGCAUCCGUGCAGUUCCACCCUUGAGACCGCUCUGGGUGGUCCUUCCUGGAGCUGGCCACCAGUGAGAAGUACAACGACAGCCUGCAGGCCUAUGCUGCGGGACUGGCUGAAGCUGCUGUGUCCGAGCAGCUCAUCUACAUGCACUGGAUGAACACCAUGGUGGGCUACUGCGGCCCCUUUAAAUACCAGCCUGACUACUGCGAGAAGCUGAAGAACUACAUAGAGACCAACCUGGCCUGGAUGCAGGAGCAGAUGGAGAAAGGAGACAAUCCAGAGUACUGGUACCAGGUGCGUCUGGCUCUGCUGCAGCUCAAGGGCCUGGAGGAUGGUUAUAACGGGCGAGUGGCUUUCCCGACUGGACGAUUCUCGAUCGCCCCGUUUGGCUUCCUCUUGUUCCAGCUGGGUGGGGACCUGGAGGACCUGGAAUCGGCCUUGAACCGAACGGAAAGCGAGCACACGCUGGGCUCCGGGUCUUGCUCUGCGCUCCUCAAGCUGCUGCCCGGGAACCAGGAGCUCUUGGUCUCCCAUGACACCUGGAAUACUUACCAGUCCAUGCUGCGCGUCAUCAAGAAGUACACGCUGCCCUUCCGGACCUCGGCCCACAGUGAUGACAUGAUCUCGGGGCACAUCCAGACAUUCUCGUCCUAUCCCGGCACCAUCUUCUCAGGAGAUGACUUCUACAUCUUGAGCAGUGGCUUGGUGACUUUGGAAACCACCAUCGGGAACAGCAAUGCUGCCUUGUGGAAGUACAUCCAUCCGGAAGGGAGUGUCCUGGAGUGGCUGAGAAAUAUAGUGGCAAACCGGCUAGCCAGGAGCGGGGCCGAGUGGGCUGCCAUCUUCCAGCAGUUCAACAGUGGCACGUACAACAACCAGUGGAUGAUAGUGGAUUAUAACACCUUCCUGCCGGGCAAAGCUGGCCUCCAGCAGGGGGUGCUCACGGUGCUGGAGCAGAUCCCGGGGCUGGUGGUCGUGGCUGACAAGACAGAGGAGCUGUACCAAAAGGGGUACUGGGCCAGUUACAAUGUGCCGUACUUUGAGCAGAUCUUCAACACCAGCGGCCAGCUGGAGCUGGUGAAGAAAUACGGCGAUUGGUUCACCUAUGACAAAAGCCCCCGGGCCCAGAUCUUCAGGCGCAAUCAGACGCUCGUCCAAGACCUGGACUCUAUGAUCCGGCUCAUGAGGUUCAACGAUUUCCUGAAGGACCCGCUUUCCCGCUGCCAGGGCUGCGACCCGCCCCAGAAUGCCGAGAACGCCAUUGCCGCCAGGUCGGACUUGAACCCCGCCAAUGGGACCUACCCCUUCGGUGCGCUGCGCCAGCGGUCGCACGGGGGCACGGACAUGAAGAUCACGUCCUAUGCGAUGGCCAAGGGCUACAGCCUGAUUGCCGCCAGCGGGCCCACCUGGGACGACGUCCCCCCUUUCCAGUGGAGCACCUCUCCCUACAGCAACCUGCUUCACAUGGGGCACCCUGACCUUUGGAAGUUCCCCCCUAUCAAGAUCUGGUGGGACUGAAGUGGAGACUGGAUCCCCUGGCGCAUGUGGCCACGUGGGUUGGAGCAGGGGUGCUGAGGGUGUGUCCCGUCUCCCUGUCUGUCUCCUUUUGGUCUGGACUC